AUGGAAGGCCCCGUUGGAGACCAACGUCUGGAGUUUGUCAUUAGACUGUACAAGCCUCCGCGCGGCCGCCUCCGUCUCCCCACCCCAUUCGCAAGGGAGAUGGAGCUCAAACAGCCGCGCGCGUUGAAACUGCACAUGUGGGGCUGCGGGAAUGGCAGCAUACGGGUGGAUGUGGAUUUCCCCACCCCUCAUGUCAUGUACUUUCGUCGAGGCUGGAAGACUUUUGCCCGUGCCCAUAGCUUGUCGAAAGGGCACGUCCUCCAUUUCAAGUUAAUGGAGGCUGAUUUCCUUUCCAUCAAGGGUUUUGUGAGCUCGGGUGUUCGCUUAGGGUGCUGCGCGGAGAGCUCGACCGACGAUGAAAGCUCCUCCUCAAACGAUAGUGACGAGGAGGACAGUGACGGCGAUGACGAUGGCGCCGACCGGGAGGGCGAUGACUCUGACUCCAGCUGA